AUGGUAACUCUUUUGCUGUCAAAAUGCAUAUCAGGGGGCUCCCUGGCAGAGGUCAGCUUUGGAUGGACGUAUCACUACUCCGACGUCACCAUGACCUGGUCCGAAGCCCGGGAGUGGUGCCAGACGCACUACACGGACAUGGUGGUCGUCCAGAGCCAGGACGAGAACGCCGCGCUGGUCUCGUUCUUGCCUAUCAAGAACCACAGUCCGUACUACUGGCUCGGGAUCACCAAAACGCACCAGGACAGGAACUGGAUCUGGAUCGGGAAUAACAGCACGUGGGUCGGCGAGGAGUCGUGGGCGGAGAACGAGCCCAACAACAACGAGAGCUGGCCCGUUUGCGUGGAGCUCUACGUCAACGCCCGAGCCAACCGAGGGAAAUGGAACGACGAGAAGUGCCAAUACGAGAAAUAUCCAGUGUGCUACCAAGCUCAAUGUAAUGCGACCGUAUGUGGAAGAGGAAGAUGCCAGGAGGCCGUCAACAACGUCACCUGUCUGUGCGAGUCCGGCUUUGAGGGAGACGCUUUUCAAACAGUUGCCCCCGUGCCCCCAGCUGUGGAAUGCCCCCCUCUGUUGCACCCCAACGGAUACCUCCGCUGCGCAGAAGGAAACCACACGCUCAACUCCACGUGUCAGGUCACAUGUCACCCUGGAUUCCUGAGGAUCGGCUCGGCAGAAGUCACCUGCGGGACGACGGCCGUUUGGAGCGGCCCGAGGCCGGCUUGUGCAAGCUACAAAUUCCUGGUUGCUGUAGUGGGCUGUGGCGCCUUCACGUUUUGCUGCAGCGGCUGCAUGUGUAUUAGCUGGAUGAAGAGCAGGAAAAAAAAGAAGCCAGCUCAAGUGAGGUUGGCCGAGGAAGCGGCAAUACUGUCCAGUGAAUUGAAGGAAUGA